AUGGAUGAUGUUAGUGAAGGUUAUGAUAGUAAUGAGGGUGAUAGGUUGGAGGACAUGAUACAUGUUGUUGAGGAAAAUUUUGAUGGUAAUCCUGCUAUGUUUGAGACCUUGUUAAGUGAUUCUGAGAAGCCUUUGUACAACGGUUGCACCAAGUACACAAGAUUAUCAUCUGUACUCAAGUUGUAUAACUUGAAAGUAGGUGGUGGUUGGAGUGAUGCAAGUUUUACUCUGUUACUUGAAGCGGUGAAAGACAUGCUUCCAGAGGAUAAUGUUCUUCCAGGUUGUACUUAUGAGGCAAAAAAGAUAUUAUCUACUAUGGGAUUGCGCUACGAGAAGAUCCAUGCUUGCCCUAAUGAUUGCAUUCUAUAUCGUAAUGAGUAUGAAUCAUUAGACGAUUGUCCCGUGUGCAAUACAUCACGAUAUAAGAAAAAGGUAGGAAUACCGGCUAAGGUUUUAUGGUAUUUCCCAAUAAUACCAAGGUUUCGACGUAUGUUUUCAAAUCCAAGGGAUGCAGAGAAGUUAACAUGGCAUCAUAAUGGUCGUACGAAGGAUGGGUUAAUGAGACACCCAGCUGAUUCCCCGCAGUGGAGGUUUAUUGAUGAAACGUUUCCUGAUUUUAAGAAAGAUGAACGUAACCUACGCCUUGCACUAUCUACAGAUGGUAUGAACCCAUUCGGCUCCCUUAGUAGCACAUAUAGUACUUGGCCAGUUAUUUUGCCUGGAAGUGACAUUGACAUUUACUUGCAACCUCUUAUUGAUAAUUUGAAGAUUCAGUGGGAGAGAGGUGUUGAGGUUUUUGAUGCACAUCGCCAGGAAAAGUUCAAUUUGAGGGCAAUGUUAUUCUGCACUAUUCAAGAUUAUCCAGCAUAUGGAAAUCUUUCGGGAAAGAAGGCAUUUGAUGGGAAACAAAUGUUUGAAAGACGUCCAAAGGUGUCAACGAGUGAAGAUGUGUUUGCAAAGAUAAAAGAUAUGCAGAUCACAUUUGGGAAAGGAAACAAAAAAGAACUGCCAACACAGGGCUAUAAGAAGUGUUCUAAUUUGUGGAGCUUGCCUUAUUGGAGACUCUUGUUUGUUAGACAUUCUUUAGAUAUAAUGCAUAUCGAAAAGAAUGUAUGUGAUAGUCUUAUUGGUACCUUACUGAAUAUCCCUGGAAAGACAAAGGACGGCCCUAAUGCUAGAGAUGACUUGAAGGAAAUGAAUAUUAGAACUGAACUUCAUCCCAUUUUGAAAGGAUCUAGAAAUUUUUUACCCCUAGCUGCUUAUACACUGUCAAGAAAGGAGAAAAUUCAGUUUUGUGAGUGUUUGGCUGGAGUGAAAGUGCCUCAAGGUUACUCUUCAAACUUCAGUAGUCUUGUUUCUAUGCAAAACUUGAAACUUAUGGGCCUAAAAUCUUAUGAUUGCCAUGUUUUAAUGCAACAAUUGUUACCAGUGGCAAUUCGUGGUAUUCUGCCUAAAAAUGUUCGAGUUCAUAACUAG